CAGUCACACUGUGAGCUCCAGACCUUUCGGAGGGAAGUAGAACCACAUCAGUCCAUGCUGGGGAAACCUGGGCUCCAUCCACGCCAGAGGACUGUCAGCUUCUCUUUAAUGCAUGUCUUGUCUCCAGAGGUUUACAAGAGGGAUUGAUCAGGGCUAAAAGAGAAGACACACAUCAUCUAUCUUCUCCAAUGCUUCUGACAGAGGAGUCUGGUCUUCUCUAUUUUCAUAGGUGAGCCAGAUGACCCUCCUCGUGCCAACCCACAUUCAGUGCAAAACCAAGGUAAAGUGUCUGUGUGUGAUGGUGUUCUUGAGUCUCCCCUUGACCAUGGGAGACCCUGGUCCGUGCAGACACUCCAUCACCAGAGAUCACCUGCUGACCAUAAGACACCUGAUAGAUAACCAGUUGCAGAGUGGAUGCUCAAUAACCUACACAUUUAUUGAGCAGAGAAGUUUGAAUAAAUGCUGCUAUGUAAAAGCUGCCAUGCCCUGGAUCUUGGAACUCCUGACCGGACACUUCAGAUACACUCGGGGAUCAGACAACCACAGCUACGUGUUGUCGCUGACCGGUCUCAUCCACAACAUUUACUCCCAGAGAUGUGUACCACAGAUCAAUGAGGAGCUGGAGGACGACCCAGUGAGUUUUGGAAUGUCAUUCAGCAGUUCUCCAUCUGAUGCCCUGGGGAGGGUCCAGGAUGUCCUGUCUGUGUACUGGGAGCUGGUGACCACCAUGGACUCACCAGUAGACUGGAGCUGUGAGAGGGAGUACACAGACACUGCAGAGCCUCCCACAGCCCUCCCUACAGCUUUCUCUCUGACUACAGUCAGCAGCCUUUGGGACUCAGAGAAAGCCCCUCAGACUAGUCUAGAUGGAGACCAAGAUAGAGACCUGUACAAGUUUGGAUUCAUGGUCAUAGCUCCAUCAGUCUGUGGAGGACUGCUGUUCAUAUUCACUCUCUAUUGCCUCAUCACACACAAGAUGUCCUACAGUACUGACCAUCACACAUCACUAGGGUACCAAAAUUCAAGUUUGCAUACAGAUAUUCAGGACAUAGAGAUGCAGGUGGAAUAAAGCCGUAAAAGAUUGCUGCAGAUGGAGGAGCAUAUCCAAAGAGGAGGAUAUACCAUCAAGCUCUCAUCUCUAAUAAACAAUGUACAAUGGUGGGUUACAUAUUAUAUAUUUGAUUGAUAUAACAUCCUAUGGACAUUUCCAGUCUUUUUCUGGCCUACAGGCACUAUCAAUGGAUUUGAAUGGACCUUAUCUUUAUGAGAAUGCUAUUCAAAGAUGGGAUAUUUUGAUAAUCUAUGUUGUAUAUUGUGUGUAUGUAUGUAUGUAUACAUAUAUAUUUAUAACUUGACUUAAAAUCUAUAUUUUCUUAUACUGUU